AUGGCUCGUCGCUUUUCUCUUUCCAGCCUCUCGCCGGCCAAGAAGGCCGAGCACCGCGUCAUGGCUGACCGACACCGAAGGUCCGUCGACACGACGGCCACAUCCUCAACCAUCGGGCACAUGCCCGUAGUUGAGGCUUCACAUCAUCUGCCUCAGCCAUCCUGGUCCAAGACGAUAGCAACUCGGUCCUAG